UAAAACCCUGAGCGGGGGUUUUAAAAUGACCUAAAAAAAUUCUUCCACCAGCCACGGAUAAGGUGCGUGCGAGACAGCAGAGACAGAAAUGGCCACUUGGAGCAGAGCUCUCCUCUCUUCAGCACUGAACCCAUCUUCUCUCUUUCACUCUUCUCAUUCUUCUUUUUCGCUUGGUGGCAUCAAACUCACUGCUCCCUUUACUUGCCCUUCAACUUUAAUUUCCAAAACACAACCAUCAUCUUUUCCCCUCUCUUUCUCUUUCUCUUUCCAAAAACACAUUUGCAGAUAUGCUGAGUACAAAUUUCCCGACCCAAUUCCUGAAUUUGCUGAUGCUGAAACCGACAAGUUUAAUACCCAUCUGCUCAAUAAGCUUGCGAAGAAAGAAAUCUUUGGAGAUUCACUUGAAGAAGUCGUAGGAAUCUGCACUGAGAUAUUCAGCACUUUCUUACACACGGAGUAUGGUGGUCCUGGAACACUCUUGGUCAUUCCUUUCAUUGACAUGGCUGACACUAUAAAUGAACGAGGGUUGCCUGGGGGGCCACAAGCAGCACGUGCUGCGGUUAAAUGGGCUACGGAUCAUGUUGACAAGGACUGGAAGGAAUGGAUUGGUGAUAGCAAAUAGAGUAAAUCCUCCCCUUGCUUUUUGUUCAAGAAAUUAUCUAGCUUUAUUUAAGUAGGUUAUGAGAGCUCCAUGUGCAUUCCUGUAGAACGGAUGAGUCAUUAUAAUUUGUAAGGAUGAGAAGGAAAAUAUGAAGUAAAGGCCUUUUUUCUAAAACAUUGAGUUUACAAGGGGUUAUAGAGCUGUACGAUGAUAAUCAUGUGUAAGGUCUUCAACGAAAGAACCUAUUCAAUGGCUGUAUUCUGUCAUUUUUAGGGUCAUACUGUGCUUUUGAAUCGUCAAUCUUUCAUUACUGUAUCGUUAGAUGUGAGGAAGUUUUAUGCCUCUCCAAUAAUCCAAGUUUCAUUUACUGAUUUACCAGUUAAA